AUGGCUGCAGCAAUUAAUGAAAAUACUGUCAAAAAUCGUCGACCUGAACUUUUAAAUAAAAUUGAUAUUGAAGUAAAUGUAAAUGAUGCUUUAUUACUUACAACAGAAGAUGGCCUAUUGACUGCUCUUGAGGACAGAACAUUACGUAUUUGGAUAAAAAGACAAACUGGUAAAUAUUGGCCAUCCGUUUGUUAUACUUUAGAAAGUGCACCAACAGCACUUUUUUAUCAUGAAACAUCUCAUCGUCUUUUUUGUGGUUGUGAUACAGGACUUCUUCAUGAGUUUCUUGUUUCAGAAGAUUUUAACAAAAUUACUCUUCAAUGUACUUAUUUAGGUCAUCAAAAUCGUAUACAUGCAUUAUAUUUUUCAUUACAUAAUGAAAUUUUAUUAAGUGUUUGUCGUGAUAAAAAGCUCAAUUGGUAUUCAACAAAAUCAUCAGAUGAAAAUCAUCAACAUCCACGUGGAAAUUAUACAUUAUCAUCAUGGGCUAUGUCACUUGCACUUGAUGAAUUAUCUCGACAAUGUUUUGUUGGUGAUUCAAAUGGAAAUAUACAUUUUCUUAGAAUAAAUACUGAUAAUAAAUUUCAAAUAAUAACAACAUUAUCUGGUCAUACAGGAAGUGUUCAAACGCUUUUCUGGGAAUCGGAAGUUGAAUGGUUAUUUUCGGGUAGUUUUGAUACAUCAAUUGUUGUUUGGGAUAUUGGAACACAUAAAGGUGUUGCUCUAGAAUUAAAUGGUCAUUAUGAUCGUCUUGUUGGAAUAUCAUAUGAUAAAUUACGUAAACUUUUAAUUACAUGUUCAGCUGAUGGUAAUAUUGGUGUAUGGCCAAUGAACGUUAAACGUAAUGAAACUCCAAAAUGGUUAGAAAGUGAUCAUUGCCAGAUAUGCCAAUUACCAUUUUUUUGGAAUAUACAGGCAAUGUGGAAACAAAAACAACUUGGAUUGAGACAACAUCAUUGUCGUAGAUGUGGUCGAGCUGUAUGUCAUGAAUGUUCACAAACACGUACAUCACUUCCAUUAAUAGGUUAUGAAACUACUCAACGUAUUUGUAAUGACUGUGGAAAAGCAUUAAAAAAUGAGGAAACGGUUCCACUUGCUUCUUUUUAUGAUAUACGUCAAGGAACAAUUAAAAUGGAUUAUAAUCAAACAAAAAAGAUUAUGAUGACUGUUGGAACUGACCGAACUGUUAGAAUUAUGGAACAAGAGAGUACUAACAGCAAAGUUUUAGUUAGUGCUCUAUAUGCUUUUAAAGCACAAAAUACAGAUGAAUUAUCAUUUUCUAAAAAUGACAUUAUUAUUUUAACACAAGCUCCAAUUGAAGGUGGUUGGUGGGAAGGUACAUUAAAGAAUAAAACUGGAUGGUUUCCAUCAAAUUAUGUUGAACAAUUUGUUAAGAAAACAGAUUCAACACCAUCAACUCACAGUACGAUUUCACAACAGUAUGCCGAAAUGCAUCAACAUCGAGAAACAAUCAUUGAAACAUUAUUUGAAAGUGAACAACAUUAUAUAUCCGAAUUGGAUGAUUUUAUUUCAAAAACACUUCAACCUUUAGCUCAUACUCUUUCAACAUCCAAUCAACCUUCUCUUCAUUUGGAUGCUCAUAUACUUGAUGAAUUAAUCAAAUUUCAUCGUCAUCUUUCUCAUAUGUUACGUGAUGCCACGAAAACUCAACAUUGUAUUGGUGGUCUAUUUCUACAUGUAGCUCCUACUUAUAAAUCUAUUUUUGAAGCUUAUUGUUAUCAACAUUCUAAAAUACUUUUUUUAAUUAAUCAUAAUAAAGAUCGAAUAUUGAAUGCUCUAUCAAAAAUUGAUCCAUCGAAUGAUAAUAAUAAUACUUAUAUACAAUUAAUUAAAAAUUUAUCAUUACCAAUCAAUCGUUUAGAUAAAUAUGUUAGUUCACUUAAAGAAUAUUUAUACAAUCUUGAAGAAUUUCAUAUCGAUCGUGGGAAUACACAACGAGCAACUGAAUAUUAUGCUGAAUUAACAACAUCCGGAGCUGGAUGGAGAAAACGUAAAGAAUGGGAACUUAAUAUUCUACAUAGCACUAUUCAUGGAUUGGAUUCUGAAUCAUUAAAAUCAUUAGGAGAUGCAUUAUGUCUAAGUGCUGUCAAUGUUCUAUUAGAAAAUAGUGUUACUCAAAUACUAUGUGAACGUAUAGCAAUUCUUUAUCCAUCAACUUUAGUUCUUCUUUCAACUUCAUCUAAUCAACAAGAAUAUUAUAUAGAAAAUCGCUUGCAAAUAAGUCAACUAACAAUUAGUAAAAUUACUGAUAUAAGCAAACGUGCUUUGAAAAUAAAUGUUCCAUCAAAUCCAUCAUUAAUUAUAUCAUUUCCAAGUAUUGUUGAAUAUCAUGAAUGGUGUGAAAAAUUUUGUUUAUUAUUAACAACAAAAUCUCAAUCUCAACAAUCGAUUUCAAAACCAGCAUUAUCAUUAAAUGGAACAAAAUCCAUGCCGACAAAUGUUGAAAAUCUUACUUUAAAACUUUCAAUUAAAAAUCCAACAUGGUCUAAAGGUUGUCUUCGUCCACAUUCACCAUUAAGAAUUCAUCCUUCAAUAACAACAUUAACAGCUAGAACUGCUUCACCAAUACAAUUAUCUAAUAUAAGUAUGAAUGAUACAUCAGUAAAUUCAAAUGAAAGUGUACCUAAUCGAACACUUAGACGAUUUAUGACAAUGAAAAAAUCAAAAGCAAAUGAAUUUCUUAAACGAGUUGAAACAAGUGAAGGUGAUGCACUUUUACUGUCGAUUAUUGAAGGUUAUUGUAUAACAACGACUAAUACUGGAACAGCUAUUACUAAUUUAAAUACUGUGAUAUCAAAGAAAAGAAAUUCAAUUCACGGAAUUAUUAAUCAUACAAAUAUUUCAAAUUCAUCUAUAAUAAACACGAAUAUUGAUCGUCAAACAAUGUACGAUAUGAUAAGUGAACUUCGUCUAGCAUAUAAAACACUUCAACAAGAAAUUGAAGAAGAAAAACGAGCACGUAAACAAUUAGAAAGUCAGAUACAAAGAUUAGUAGCUCUUACACCGGAAAAUAAUUUUAUAUAA